UCCAUUACAUCCGGUGAGCAUGGUUUGAAGGUUGCUCAUGUCAAGUUAAGUUAUUAUCUGAUAAUGGCAAAUAACAGAGUGAUUCAAUGGAACACGUUUUCUAGGGUUUGGUGGUUAUAUGAUGCUAAUCAUCAGUGUGUGUUCAAAUCAGCCAGAAAAAUCGCGAAAUACCUCCAAGGUCAUCACAAACCUAUCUACCAUCCUCUCAGUGAUAUUGGAGACCAUGUUGUGGUAAUAAACACCAAGCAUAUUGCUAUGAGGCACGAGGCAUGGAGGACAUACAGAUUUCACCAUCACACAGGCUAUCCCAAGGGUCAUUCUAUGACAGCUGCCUGGAGACUUCAUGACAUGGAUCCAACCCAGAUCUUACAAAGGACGGUGAAGACUGUCAUGCCAUCAAAUCUAUCUCGGCCAAACCUGCUAAGGAGGCUUCAUCUGUUUCCAGAAGAGGAUGUGCCAGAUGACAUUUUAGCCAAUGUUUGUGACCAGAUUAAACAAAUACAGCCGGUACCAAAGAGGCUUGACCAGUACACCGAGGAGGAAAUCAGAAACUUCCCAAAACUAUUUGACUGGCCAGAGGAAUACAUUCACAAACACUUCUUAAGCGACAAGGAGAGGCACCAGAAUAGUAAAGCGGAAAGUUGAUGGGAGCUGGGUGAUGUCUGAUGUAUGCGACUGUCAUCUUGUAUAUAAGGAGAGUGCUAGUUGUUGUGUAAUAAAAGCGUAUAAAUCUGAUUUCAUCA